AUGCUGUACAAAGAGAGUGCAAAUACAGCAUUAGCAGAUAAGGAAUAUUCCAAAGCAAUCAAUUACUACACAUUAGCAAUCAAGAAUGAGCCAACUAGUUCGUUUCUAUUCUCGUCAAGGGCAAAGGCAUAUUAUAUGAACACUAAGGACCUCCCCAAUGCCUCCAUGCAACAAUGGAAGAAGGUUACAGAAGACUGCCAGAAGGCACUACUGCUUGAUAAGAGGAACUACGAUGCAAUGUUUUACCAUGCUCUAUACAUACUUUGUGCUCUAGAUGAUUAUGAAAGGGCACUCAAAUUGAUGGAGGAAGCAUACAAGAAAUCGCUUGAACACGCGAAAUCACUGAAGAAAUACCUGCUUCCUCAAGAGAUAUAUCAUCAAAUACUCCGGAUGAAAAAAGCCAAACGGGAGAAAGAAGAGGAGGACCGUAUAGUUAAUUCACACCCUCUUUUUGAAUCAGUACUAGAACUUCUUGAGCAGAAAUACAAUGAGGAGCUUGAGGACAUUCAUGAGAAGGAAACAGAUAAGUCUGUAAUCGACUACUGUGUUACCAAAGUCUCUGUGAAGUAUGUUUCAGAUAUCAAAGAUCUCAUCAAAGUGUUUUCCAGCAGUUACAAUUACGCUAAGGAUACGAAGAGAAUUGACCCACCUGAUAAUCUAUGCGAUCCAAUUUCGUUCAAUUUAUUUCAUGAGCCUGUUGUCACCCCAUCAGGACAUACAUAUGAGAAGGCAUGGUUAUGGCAUCAUCUUUCGUUGCAUGACUACGACCCACUUACAAGACAAAAGCUCUCCAUUGAUCAAUGCUAUCCUAACUUGUCGUUGAAAGUGUGCGUAGACGAAUUCGUCAAAGAGCAUGGGAAGAAUUUGAACUUGUAG